AUGGCUGCCCCUCUUCGUCAGCCUGAGGAGGCUGUUGAUGACACCGAGUUCAUCGAUGACCACAAAGAACACCUCCGCGACACGGUGCACCACCGUCUUCGCGCCAAUUCUGCCAUCAUGCAGUUCCAGAAGGUCCUCGUGGCCAACCGUGGUGAAAUCCCCAUCCGUAUCUUCCGAACGGCCCACGAAUUGUCGUUGCAGACCGUCGCCGUCUUCUCCUAUGAGGAUCGUCUCUCCAUGCACCGUCAGAAGGCCGACGAGGCCUACAUGAUUGGCCAGCGCGGCCAGUACACUCCCGUCGGCUCCUACCUGGCCGGCGAUGAGAUCAUUAAGAUUGCCCUGGAGCAUGGCGUGCACCUGAUUCACCCGGGUUACGGUUUCUUGUCUGAGAACGCCGACUUUGCUCGCAAGGUCGAGGAGGCCGGUAUGGUCUUCGUCGGUCCCACUGCCGCCACCAUUGACAGCCUGGGUGACAAGGUCUCCGCUCGUCGAUUGGCGAUCGGCUGCAAGGUCCCUGUGGUGCCCGGUACGGAGGGACCCGUUGAGCGCUACGAGGAGGUCAAGGAGUUCACUGAUACCUAUGGCUUCCCCAUCAUCAUCAAGGCCGCCUUUGGUGGUGGUGGCCGUGGUAUGCGUGUUGUCCGCGACCAGGCGUCAUUGCGGGACUCCUUCGAGCGGGCCACUUCCGAGGCCCGCUCCGCCUUUGGUAACGGUACCGUCUUCGUCGAACGUUUCCUCGACAAGCCCAAGCACAUCGAAGUCCAGCUUCUGGGUGAUAACCACGGCAAUGUCGUCCACCUUUUCGAGCGUGACUGCUCCGUUCAGCGUCGACACCAGAAGGUGGUCGAGGUUGCGCCGGCCAAGGACUUGCCCACUGAUGUGCGCGACAAGAUUCUGGCGGAUGCCGUGACGCUCGCCAAAUCUGUGAAUUACCGCAACGCCGGUACCGCCGAGUUCCUGGUCGACCAGCAGAACCGCCACUACUUCAUUGAGAUCAACCCUCGUAUCCAGGUCGAGCACACCAUCACCGAAGAAAUCACCGGUAUCGACAUCGUCGCGGCGCAGAUCCAAAUUGCUGCGGGCGCUACGCUAGAGCAGCUGGGCCUGACCCAGGAUCGCAUCUCCAUUCGUGGUUUUGCCAUCCAGUGUCGUAUCACCACGGAAGAUCCCGCAAAGGGCUUUUCCCCUGACACCGGUAAGAUCGAGGUGUAUCGUUCUGCCGGUGGUAACGGUGUGCGAUUGGACGGCGGAAACGGUUUUGCCGGCGCUAUUAUCACUCCCCACUAUGACUCCAUGUUGGUCAAGUGCACUUGCCGCGGCUCCACCUAUGAAAUCGCUCGCCGCAAGGUCGUGCGUGCCCUCGUCGAAUUCCGUAUCCGUGGCGUGAAGACCAACAUCCCCUUCCUGACUUCUUUGCUGAGUCACCCCACCUUCGUCGAUGGCAACUGCUGGACCACUUUCAUCGAUGACACUCCUGAGCUCUUCUCUCUCGUCGGCAGCCAGAACCGUGCUCAGAAGCUGCUCGCCUACCUCGGAGAUGUUGCCGUCAACGGCAGCAGCAUCAAGGGCCAGAUCGGCGAGCCCAAGCUCAAGGGUGACAUUAUCAAGCCCAAGCUCCUGGAUGUGCAGGGCAAGCCCCUCGACGUCUCGACUCCUUGCACCAAGGGCUGGAAGCAGAUCCUCGACCAGGAGGGUCCUACUGCGUGGGCCCGCGCCGUGCGUGCCAACAAGGGCUGUCUGAUCAUGGACACCACCUGGCGUGAUGCCCACCAGUCGUUGCUGGCCACCCGUGUGCGUACCAUUGACUUGCUGAACAUUGCCCACGAAACCAGUCAUGCCUUCUCCAACGCCUACAGUUUGGAGUGCUGGGGUGGUGCUACCUUCGAUGUGGCCAUGCGAUUCCUUUACGAGGAUCCCUGGGACCGUCUGCGCAAGAUGCGCAAGGCUGUGCCUAACAUUCCUUUCCAGAUGCUGCUCCGUGGUGCCAACGGUGUGGCGUACUCUUCCCUCCCCGACAAUGCCAUCUACCACUUCUGUAAGCAGGCCAAGAAAUGCGGCGUGGACAUCUUCCGUGUCUUUGACGCCUUGAACGAUGUGGACCAGCUUGAGGUUGGUAUCAAGGCAGUCCACGCCGCUGAGGGUGUUGUCGAAGCGACCGUCUGCUACAGCGGUGACAUGCUGAACCCCCACAAGAAGUACAACCUGGAGUACUACCUGGCCUUGGUCGACAAGAUCAUGGCUUUCAAGCCUCACGUGCUCGGAAUCAAGGACAUGGCUGGUGUCCUGAAGCCCCAGGCCGCUCGUUUGCUGGUGGGCUCGAUCCGUGAGCGGUACCCUGACCUCCCCAUCCACGUCCACACUCACGACUCCGCCGGAACCGGUGUGGCGUCGAUGAUUGCUUGCGCCCAGGCAGGUGCCGAUGCCGUGGACGCGGCUACCGACAGCUUGUCUGGUAUGACUUCUCAGCCCAGUGUCGGUGCCAUCCUCGCUUCCCUCGAGGGCACCGAGCACGACCCCGGCCUUAACUCGGCCCAUAUUCGGGCCAUCGAUACCUACUGGGCUCAGCUGCGCUUGCUGUACUCGCCCUUCGAGGCUGGACUGACCGGUCCUGACCCAGAGGUCUACGAGCACGAGAUCCCCGGUGGUCAGCUGACCAACCUCAUCUUCCAGGCCAGCCAGCUUGGAUUGGGCCAGCAGUGGGCUGAGACCAAGAAGGCCUACGAGGCCGCCAAUGACCUGCUGGGCGACAUCGUCAAGGUGACCCCCACCUCGAAGGUGGUUGGUGACCUGGCCCAGUUCAUGGUCUCCAACAAGCUGUCCGAGCAGGACGUGGUGGACCGUGCCGGCGAACUGGACUUCCCCGGCUCCGUCCUUGAGUUCCUCGAGGGUCUCAUGGGCCAGCCCUUCGGUGGCUUCCCUGAGCCCCUGCGCUCGCGGGCUCUGCGCAACCGCCGCAAGCUCGAGAAGCGCCCUGGUCUCUACCUGGAGCCCUUCGACCUGGCUGCCAUGAAGAACCAGAUCCGCGAGAAGUUCGGCGCUGCCACCGAGUACGACGUGGCCAGUUACGCCAUGUACCCGAAGGUCUUCGAGGACUACAAGAAGUUUGUCCAGAAGUACGGUGACCUGUCGGUGCUUCCCACGCGUUACUUCUUGGCCAAGCCGGAGAUCGGCGAGGAGUUCCACGUCGAGCUGGAGAAGGGUAAGGUGCUGAUCCUCAAGUUGCUGGCCAUCGGUCCCUUGUCGGAGCAGACCGGUCAGCGUGAGGUGUUCUACGAGGUCAACGGUGAGGUCCGUCAGGUCAGCGUCGAUGACAACAAGGCAUCUGUGGACAACACUGCCCGCCCCAAGGCCGACAUUGGCGACAGCAGCCAGGUGGGCGCUCCUAUGAGUGGUGUGGUGGUUGAGAUCCGGGUUCACGACGGCCUGGAGGUCAAGAAGGGUGACCCGAUCGCCGUUCUGAGCGCUAUGAAGAUGGAAAUGGUUAUUUCUGCUCCUCAUAGCGGUAAGGUUGCCAACCUAUUGGUCAAGGAAGGUGACUCCGUCGAUGGCCAGGAUCUUGUCUGCAAGAUCAGCAAGGCGUAA